CCUCGAAGCGAUGUUUCUUCGGAACCGACUCUUCAGCUCGAUACACGUUUCGGAUCUUUGGAGUCGUAUGACUAAGAGCACCAGGACGAACAGCUUGCGGUGACAGGCGGACGCGCGUGUAUCGUUCCGUGUCCAGCUGCUGGACAGUCGCAAGCUUUUUACCGGAAAUCCAGCCUCUUGUGGCUGUCACGGUUUUACAGCUGGGGUUUGGUCCAGUAUGGCGGCAGACGGAUGGAAAUACUGAUGACAGUCCGAAAGAUCGCCUCGAUAUGUACGAUGGGCGCCAAUGCCUCAGCUUUGGAGAAAGAGAUUGGACCAGAACAGUUCCCAGUGAAUGAGCACUACUUUGGUCUGGUUAAUUUUGGCAACACCUGCUACUGUAACUCAGUGCUUCAGGCUCUGUAUUUCUGCCGACCGUUCCGGGAGAAGGUGCUGGCCUAUAAGGUGCAGCCACGGCGCAAAGAGAGCCUGCUCACGUGCCUGGCAGAUCUCUUCAACAGCAUCGCUACUCAAAAGAAAAAAGUGGGAGUUAUUCCUCCUAAGAAAUUCAUCUCGCGCCUAAGAAAGGAAAACGAGUUGUUCGACAACUACAUGCAGCAAGAUGCACAUGAGUUUCUCAACUACCUGCUUAACACCAUUGCCGACCUGCUGCAGGAAGAGAAAAAUCAGGAAAGGCAGCAAAAUGGCAAGGUGGUACAGAACGGAGGAGGAGGAGCAGGAGGGAGGGGGGACAACACAGGAGAGACCGAAUCAGCCGAGAAGAACCAGCAGACGUGGGUGCACGAGAUCUUCCAGGGCACACUGACCAAUGAAACUCGCUGCCUUAACUGUGAAGCGGUAAGCAGUAAAGAUGAGGAUUUUUUGGAUCUCUCUGUGGAUGUGGAGCAGAACACAUCCAUCACACACUGUCUCAGGGGCUUCAGUAACACAGAGACAUUAUGCAGCGAAUACAAGUACUACUGUGAGCAGUGUCGAAGUAAGCAGGAGGCACAGAAGCGGAUGCGUGUAAAGAAAUUACCCAUGAUACUUGCCCUGCAUCUAAAGCGCUUUAAGUAUAUGGACCAGUUGCAUCGCUACACCAAACUGUCCUAUCGUGUGGUCUUCCCUUUGGAGCUGCGGCUCUUCAAUACCUCUGGUGACGCUACCAACCCUGACCGUCUCUAUGACCUUGUGGCUGUGGUUGUGCACUGUGGGAGUGGUCCAAAUCGUGGUCAUUACAUCACUAUAGUGAAAAGUCAUGGCUUCUGGUUGCUGUUUGAUGAUGAUAUUGUAGAGAAAAUAGAUGCCCAGGCAAUAGAAGAGUUCUACGGCCUGACGUCUGACAUUUCCAAAAACUCAGAGUCAGGCUACAUCCUUUUUUACCAGUCCAGAGACUGAACCAGUGGCAAUGAGCGAAUGGGACCGCUUUGGCUUUGUGAAAGUCAGGCUGAGGCAGAAGGCAGGGCUUGGGCUACGUACACCCCCACUUCAGACCCACUCAGCCGAGCCCCGAGUCAUCCAGGUGAGCCUUUGCACCGGAGCAGCCAGCAAACAGAAGGCAGGAGUCGAGCAGCUGAUUCCAGAGUGAUGUGAGUGUCAUCUCCAUCCAGGCGUCGUGGAAGCUUUCAAUCAUCAGUCAUCCAAAAGACACACACUCUCCAUCAGUCAGCUGAGUCAUAAAGGGAAAAAAAAACUGGGACAGGUUGUGGUUUAUUUGAUGUGGGGAGUUCUGAUGUUUCGGCAUUCAUUUUCUGCAUGACACUUUGCUUUCUGCUUUGUCAUCGAGGGGUAUAGCAUAAAAGCUAAUGCUGUUUUAGCACAGAGCAGAUUAUGAUAAAUGUAAUCACCUGUACACGUCAUUAAAAAAAAGGUUAGAGACGCUCUCUUUUACUAGACUUUAAUCUGCUGUGAAAACAUGCCACACUGUUUACGAAUAUCUCUUAUAACUAGAGUAGGUUUCAUGAUACCAUGUGAUAUGUGGCAAUAAUAUGACGCACCUUUGCUCUAUUUCAGUGACCUGGCUUGGCUGGUUUAGAGACAUAUAAUUUUACUGUGUUUUUCUUUGGUAAGGCGUAAGCAAUCAUUCACAGGAUGUUCUGUAAAAAAGAGGCCUGUGGGUUGGCAGCGUCUUGCAACAGCGAGGAUCGUGGGUAUGGGCGCAGUGCCAGUACUGUGGUUUAGUAAUAGCUUGGUUUAAGUUUUAACUUUUGGGAUUGAGUCAUUAACAUUCAGACAGGCGAAUGCAGUGCUUUGAUUGUCACGGAGUGCACACUUGGUGGAACACACACUACGGCAGUGGCACCUUGUAGAUUGUAAUGUAAUACUCGGAUUUAGUAAUGGCAUACUUGGACACAGAAGGAUCACUUGAUUAUUUAUUUGCUAUUUCUGAAUAGUCUCAUGUGUUUCGACGAUUUAUUUCAGUGAGAGUGCUUAGCGAGAAGGCAUUGGCUUUAAAUGGCUGGGAUCUUGUACUCGUUAUCUCUAAGUCACUGGUUUCUCCUUCUCCUUGUGUUUAGUAAAUAUUUAACUUAAUAUUUGUGGAGAGAGAAAGUAAAGCAAAGCAUUGUGGGUUAUUCGUUAUGGUACCCAGUGCUGUCUGAAAAAGCAAAAGUGAAGAGUUACAGGCCGCCAGAACAGCUAAAUUCCCCACAACCACCAAGUGCAAAGAACAGCACAGUCAUGUGACAACACCAGCUGUUGUUAUGCAGAUGUGCAUUUACAGUAUCUUUCUAGAGUAGAUUUUAGACUUUCAUUUUUUCUUUUCAGGUUUGCAAGUAAACAUGUCCACUCGCUCACAUUAGGGGUGUCGCUUUCUGUUGUCCUAUUCUGCUGGUUCCCAGCUGAUUAAUAGGCUCUAUGAGCCAAGCUGUGGCUUCAAAUCAUGUCGACAGGAACAUGCACAUGACAGUUCCACUUACUGAAAAAGGCACAAACACCUUCAUAACAACAUUGGGGCUUAAAAGCGCAGUUUUAAUUUACUUUCCGAGUCCUCUUUGUGUGUGCGCUCAGAUCUAUUCCCUACACAUUAUUAUAAGCUCAAUGUGUGCUUUCACUGAUAUAUAUGGGCUCCAGAAGAAUUUCAAUGAAUACACUUGAAUUCUCAUUUCACGUUUUCCAUUUGUACUACUUAUCUGUAUGAGUUUAAAACUGACUGUGUUGCUGACUGAACUUUACGAAGCUGUUAUAAAAAUUGUAUGAAUGUUAUAAAUGAGUAGUAAGUACAGGAAUUUUUCACACGAUGUUGACAAAUUCUGUAAUGAAUUAUUCCAAUGUUUUUCGAACCCAGUACCAUCACACUGUAUACGUGCAGUUGCCAUGGACAAGAACUAACAUUUUCUCUGUGAUAAGGAAUAAAAAGUAAGGCUGUUUAAUUAAAAAGAAUUCUAAAAAAAUAAAAUAAAUCUGCUUCUUGUCUAUAGCAAAUGCACACGCCUUGCACAUCGAGGGAGACUAGGAGAUAAAAAAAAAAACUACAGUUAAAAUAUGAGAUUCCGUACACUGGCGAAAGGUGAAAUCAUGUAUUUAUAACAAUUUAUACUUCUUUUAUACCAGCCCUAAUUAAACUAUUUUUGUUUAAACUGCUAGUGCAGGAACUAGAUCUUUCCAAAAUAAGUCAACUGAGGAAUGCAAAAUAGAUUAUGAAAGUAUGUUUUUUUUUUUACUUCA